CGGGCGGACGGGCGGCGCGGGGGGCGGGCAGCGAUGGCGGCCGCCCUGGAGCUCUCGACCUCGCCGGGUUCCCCCGCCGUGAGCGAGCUAUGCCAGAACAGGCGGGAGAUCUUCCUGGAGGCGUCGCGGCUGCUCCUCACUUACGCUGACAACAUCCUCCGGAAUCCCUAUGAGGAAAAAUACAGAUUAAUUCGGAUUGGAAAUCCUGCAUUUUCCACAAGGUUGUUGCCCGUCAGAGGAGCUGUUGAAUGUUUGUUUGAGAUGGGGUUUCAAGAGGGAGAAACUCACCUGGUUUUCCCUAAGGAAGCUUCAAUUGAGCAGCUACGUAAAAUCAGAGACUUAAUUGCUGGAGAGAGAAGUAGCAGACUGAAUGAGUCAAACCAAAUCCACAGAUCAGGAUCCUCUGAAACUGUCAGCAGCACUCAGACAGCUGCACAAUGGCCUUCAAGACCCGUUGCCCCUGCCCCUGCCCGUCAGCAACCAGAAACAUCGCUUGUGCAAUCUCUUGAAACGGCUGCAAAAAUCUUGAAAAUGAUUCAAACAAAAUUUGAGGGUCUUGUAUUGAUGUAUGAGAAUCCUUCUAUUCAGCAAAAAGCACUGGCUGCAAUUCCCCUCCAGGAAUUGAAAAGCAAAGCUCAGAAAAAGCUAGCACAAGCUACAAGACUGGACAAAGGUGCACAUGUGAGUGAAGAGGACUUCUUAUUGUUGGAGCUUUUGGACUGGUUUAAGACUUCCUUUUUUCAUUGGGUAAAUAGUCUUCCUUGCAGCAGGUGUGGUGGGCAGACAGAGCCUAAAAGUGGCUACCUGUUGCCUACUGAUGAUGAUCUAAGGUGGGAUGCCAGACGAGUGGAAAACCAUUACUGCAACCAGUGUCAGCUCUGUAAUAGAUUCCCAAGGUAUAACAACCCUGAAAAACUUCUGGAAACCAGACGUGGACGCUGUGGCGAGUGGGCCAACUGUUUUACACUGUGCUGCAGAGCUGUAGGGUUUGAAGCAAGAUACGUCUGGGACCAUACAGAUCAUGUGUGGACCGAAGUAUAUUCUUCAUCUCAGAAAAGAUGGCUUCACUGUGAUCCUUGUGAAAAUGUCUGUGAUAAGCCUCUUCUCUAUGAAAAUGGCUGGGGAAAGAAGCUCUCCUACAUAAUUGCAUUCUCCAAAGAUGAGGUGGUUGAUGUGACCUGGAGAUACAGCUGUAAACAUGAAGAGGUACUCUCUAGAAGGACAGCACUCAGCGAAGCUACACUGCGAGAGACAAUUAAUGCCCUAAAUAGAACGAGACAACAGUCUUUGUCAGAAAAUAGAAAAAGAGAGCUCCUGGAGAGGACUAUUGUGGAGCUUGUUGAGUUUAUUUCACCUAAAACACCUAAACCCGGAGAAUAUGGUGGAAGGACAUCAGGCUCAAUGGCUUGGCGAGUAGCCAGAGGUGAAAUUGGUCCAGAGAAAAGAAAAGAAGUAGUUUUUAUUCCCUCUGAAAAGGAGAAGACAUCUAAACUGUUCCAUCUUGUCUACAAUGUGAUAGAUGAUAGUUAUACACGGAUUUCCAAUAAUAAUGAAAAAAUAAGUGGCUGGGAAGCAGGUGUUUGGAAGGCAGAAUCUAUUUGGAGAAAGGUUGAAACAGAUUGGAAAAUGGUUUAUUUAGCCCGAAAAGAAGGGUCAUCCUCUGCUUCCAUCAGCUGGAAGUUUGAGUGCAAGUCAAUUGGUCUAAAAAUAGAUAGUAUUUCAGUUAGGACAAGCAGUCAAACCUUUCAGAGUGGAAGAAUACAGUGGAGACUUCGCUCUCCUACAGCAGAAAUUGCUCUGAUAGGAGAUAAAAAUCUUUGCUCCUAUUCAGAUUUUUCUGGAGCAACGGAAGUUAUGUUGGAAGCAGUUCUAAAUGGAGGGGAUGGUGAAGCUGCAUGGCAACACACACAGCUGUUCAGAGAGAGCUUAACAGGAUGUGGGGAAAAUUGCUUGGAAAUAAUUAUAAAACUCAGUGACCUCUGAGAAUCUGAACUGCAGAAGUGUACUUUGGAUUCCUUGAAGACAUUAUACCAUGGAUACAACAUGAAGAUUUGCUUGGCAAUUCCUCUUCAUCCUGCUGGCAGAUUAUUUCCUGUUUCACUGCUUCCAUUAAACCAACUUGAAACUGCACGUGUGUUGAAUAGGUAAACAUCACAAUGAAAACCUCUUUGCUAUAAAAACAAACACAAAAAUUAAGGGACUGAACCAUAAAGUACCCUUUUCUUAAAUUUUACAAUGACAAGGAAACAAUUUUUAGGAAGCAAAACAUGAUCAUAGAAGCACAAAGCAAUUGUAAUUGACUUUAAUUUGGUUUUUGGGAUUGGUUUGCUUUUUUUUUGGGUUUUUAUAAUCGACUUGGAAAAACAGAUUGAAUUCUGUUUUCCAAUUAUAACAGAUGCUUCUGAUGAUUUUAAAAUAUUUUAAACAAUAUUAGAGGAUUUAGACAUUUUUUUAAAAAUUGAUUUUGUGUAUUAUCCAGAAGUGCUGAAAUUAAGUUAAUUUUAAUAUUGCUUCAAAAUUUCCUUGUUAGAUGUCUAAGUAUUAAACCUGUGUUUAAUACCUAAAACUAUUUGGAAGCAUGGUGGUUCCUGGAAAAAUAACCUCAUUUUUAAAGAAGUGUUUAUUAUGUACCUAAAAUUGUCAUGGCCUGUGAUAUGAAAUUUAGGCUUAUAACUGAGUAAGAACAUCAUAUUUUUUCUAUGAAAAAAUAGGUUAUUCAUUAUAAAUACUUUUUAAUGAUAUUAAUUCAGAUUUGCUUAAUAAAUCUUUUAAAAGUUAGGCAUGUAGGUUUAAAUCCUUUUAAGCUGUUGUCUUGAUUUUCUUUAAAUACUCUUCCCAAAUUUUAUGUUAAAGUAUAUACAUUUUUUUUCUGUUCAAUUAAUUCAGUGUUAAAUAUUCAGUCAAUAUAAUAAAAAAUACUAUCCAGGAGACAUCAGAUGUUGCAGUGAUAUGAAUAAAACAUGGAGUGAAUGUUCAGAUUAGAUAGUCUUUAUCAGAAUGUGAGGAAGGCCUUGCCUGGAUUAUACAAGAGAUAUUCUAAUAGAGAACUAAAAUACAAAGUUCAAACUAUGGUUUUAUUUUUAAAUAAGUGAGAAUUAAGGAUGAUGCUCUCAAGAUCAGUGUUUUUAAAGUUUUUCUUUCUUUUUCUCAUCUUUCCAACCUCUGUAUUGAUUUGCAGUGUUUGUCAAAAAUAAUUUAUGUUGAAAUAAAUGUUUGCUGACCUUUCAACAAAUCUAAGCAAAUAUAAAACUAUUCAGAUUUUAUUAGAAAACUGCAUAUGCACAGUGAACAAAGGAAUCUUAACAAAUAGUAGAUCAUGGCAGCUCAGAAGUGACAGAACAAUGUGUGAUGGAUUAUAUACUUUACUUCAGAAUGUAAAUGGACAGUUUAUGAGGGGAAUUAGAAAAGCCUCACCCCUACAAUACAGAUUAACACAGUGACAGAGUACUUACUGUGUUGUACACACUGGAAGGGAAGAAUACACACUGGAAGACUGUUUAUCAGUGCUUGACUAAUGCAAAGUGAAUUUGCCAGUCUCCAUUUAAAACUACUGUAUUUGGUUUCAGUAAAACACUUUCUCUGAAAUUUUGAGUGGGAGCCCAACAGAAGAGUAUUUUAGGCUAAUAUGGAUACUGUCUUGGUAGAAAAAAGGAAAAGAAAGACGACUCAGGUGCUACCAGUCAACAAAAGUGUUUCUACUUAAUAUUUUGAUAGCUGAAAAAGUUACUGCUUUAAAGCAGAAAUUGUUUUUGCAGUGUAUUAAAAGACCUUGAGGAAUUGCAGAAUUCCUUAACGGCAUCUGAUAAUUUGUAAAAUCAGAAGGCAGACUCUAUUUAAAAGUAGUAAGAUAAAGUAAUUUUCUCAUCAUUUUGGUCAGAAUCUCAGGAGGAAGAGUGAUAGCUGCAGAUAACUUAAAACAGUAAAGUAAUUGAAUUUUGUCAUUUUUAAAAACUUUUAAAUGAAUUAAAAAAGUUGGAAAAAUUCCUUGCCAGUCUAAUUAAUCAAGAAUUACUUCUGUAUCUAUAAGAUCACAUGCAAUGAAUAGAAGUGCUUAUUUUAGAAAAGAAUUAAUAAGUAACCUACGCUGAGUAGAGCUAAUAUGAAAAAUUUAAAUGGAACUCGUUCAGUUGUCUUUUGGAGUACCCUAUAAACAAUGAACACUUUGAAUCUCUUCACACAUAAGCUGUUUUAAAGGCACUCAUUUCCUCUGUUAAUCUCCAUUUUAGCCCAGCUUUUAAUACAUUUUUUUUUUUAACUAGAGGUAAUUCCUCAUCCACAGUUGUUUAAUGUUAACUUACAAUAUCCUGAAUUUGCAGUAUUACAUGGUGGAAAGGUCUGUGCUGCUAUCUGCUCUAAAAGUAUGGUUAUUAAGUUAUACUGGCAAUAGUACAAUGCUGGGUGAGUGGUAGGUGGUGAUCAGGGCACAUGUAGAUAGAAGUCAGUGUUUACAUAACUUUUUAGAAGUUUAAGGAGGUGGAGAUUAAAUGGGGUAAUUAAAAAUACUGUUGCCUAGAAAUAUAUGGCUUAAUACAGGUAAAAUCAGCAAUGUUUUCUAGAAUACAGGUUAGUCAGGUACAUUUUAAAGAACAGCUGGCUGUCCACUGUGCCAUCCAUGGAUGCCUUCCAAGGUUGCACUGAGAUCUAAGAGUCAAAUCUUUUCCAUUAAAAGUUUACAUAAAUACUAUAUUACCCAGUUAAUGCUUGCAAACUAAUUCUGGGGUGCAUGGUUUGCAACAGAACUGUGUGGGAGCCUGUGCACAGAAUUCCUCCUUUUAAACAAGUAUUUGUUGCACUGUUGUCUGUCUAGAGUUGAUCGUCCAGCUGUUGAUUUCUUCAUAUCCUGUUUUGACAUUUAAUGCUUAGUAAUUUCCUACACCCCAGGAAGCUGCUGGGAAGAUGUAUCCUUAAAAUACAUGAAGGAAGCCCCUUCUAGGCAGUGUAGAAAGAAAGAAGAGGUACAAAGCACAGCUAUGCAGGAAUCAAACAAACUUCAGUGUAAACUAUAUAACCUACAAAGAGAAAUAAGUAGUGAAAAUUAUCUUAUCUGGUCUUGUAGGAAAAUCUGUCUCCUUAACUCAUUUGUUAACAUUGGAAGAUUUUUCACAUAUAGUGGGUUGGAUUUAAGAUAUAAUCCUUAUUAUGUGCAACAUCAGGAAAUGUAGAACACUAAAAAUAAAGUGUGCUUGUCUCCAUAGUGCAGUGGAAUGAAAACAGAUGGCAGGCAGCACAUAUGGCUGCCAGAAGCUGGGAACACCCAUUUGCAGAGUUCUUGCAGCUCUAAACAAAACAAGCCAAAACAAAGGAACUCCGAGAGGGGCAGAGAUUGUUCCAAGCAGAUAUCAGGAUAUCUGUCUCUUCUCCACACCCACACUCCUCAUUGCUUUACCUCUGGUUGCUCAAGCUAGAAAUGGAAGUAAACUGCUAGUUAAGAAUUUAAUGGACCUCCUAAGUAUUUGUCAAAACUUUGCAUUUCUUAAGUGUAGGCAUUAGUUAAAAUAAAUAUCUGAUUUCCAUUGUAGGAAAUCAGAUAUUCCGUUCAAACCUCCGGAUUUGGACAAAAUUUGAAGUUUUGCCACUGUUGUCCAAGUAAUUCAACAACAUAAAAAAAUGUGUCAGUAUUGAAGGUACUUCUUAUCUCAGCUUCAUAUCAUAUGGAAGGUUGAGAAGGAAAUUGCAGACACAUGCCUUCCUUAAACUCAGUUGCUGGCUUAGAUCCUUUCUAUACUUUGAGUAUUUUGGGGGAAUUUAUUCAACAUUAUUUGCAGUAGUUCAGCUUACCUGGUGCUGGUUCUGAAGGUUCUUUACAGGGUACUGCUGUUGCAAGCAAACAAUGCUAUAUGCCUUGUACCUUAUGGCCUGUCUAAACAGUAAUCAGCAAUGUAAUGUAUAUUAUGUGUACCUAUAUGGUCACUGGUUAUAUAGUUGUCAACAUGAGCAGAAGGGAAGAGUAAUAGCAGUAAUACAUGGGACAAUUUUGGGUUUUUUAUGCUACUCUUGGGUGUUUAUUCCAAGCAGAAGGACAGUAUAGUAAAAAAAAAAAAAAAGUGUCUUUAUUAGAUUGAAAAAGUUCCUUCUUUAUUUAAGUUUUGAAUUUCAGGAGCAGAAUUUUGAGACCUCCCAGCCUCUAUUAUGGAGCUUAGCAAUGACAAAUUAACAAGCCAAGGUAAAAUAUAUGUGUUUUAGGUGUACAGGUAUUAUGAAAUGUGUAAAGGCUUAAAUGUGACCACGAAUAAGAUAAAAAUUAUUUUCUCCAUUGUUAA